CAGCGAAUUUAGUUCAAGAGGGUGUGAAGAAGAAGAAAGAUGUACUUAUAAACAGUACUGAAUAAUAUAAGUAUAAAAGAUUUGUACUAUAGUUUUCCGCUAAUCAAAAUCUUUAAAAGUCAUCAUGAGGUUAUUAUUUUGAAAAUUCCAACAUGUAACGGUAGUAGAUUUUGUAAUAUUGCGAACUUGACCAGUCAAACAAAUAAACAAAAUCUGUUUCUUUCGUAUUCUGGCCGAAAUUACCAACUAAAUGGGGAGGUAUAAAUGUGCAUACAACUGUGAAAGCUCCGGAGAUUCAGACGUUAAGUAUUUUAAGUUUCCCCUGUACAAUCCUCGCAAACUCAAGAAGUGGCUUGCCAACAUGAAUUGGAAGGACUGGACUCCAUCUCGCUUCUCAGUGCUGUGCAGCAAUCAUUUUGAGGAACAAUACAUUGAAAGAACAGGCAAAUAUGUGACACUGCGAGAAGAUGCCAUUCCCACCAUUUUUUCAUCCCCUGAUGACGCACACAAAACAAAGGCCUCCAUCAAACCAAGAAGUUCACUACACAAGCUACGCAGUGCUAAAGCAUCACAGAUGAGUCCAGGUCAGUCUCCAACAAACCAUCAUGGCACAGUAAAGCAAAACAUCCAGAACAAAGAGACCAACCAGACUGAGGAAGAACCUGCUGGAGACAAAGACCCCAAAAAGUCUGACAAAUGGAGGAUUAUAGUUGAUGAAGGGCUUAUGAAGAUCGAGUCAUUUCCACAUUUCUUUCAUGGAGAUUACUGUGUACCACAGCAGGAUAUUCAGUGGGCUCCAGAUGAUAAUUUUAGUACAGAGUGUAAAGAUCCUGAAAACAUAAUAGAGGUGACGGAGCCGUGGCAGUGGCUUGGUCUGGAUGUCAGAGGACCCCUGCCCCAAACACUAAAUGGACACAAAUACAUUCUGACUGUGACAGAUUACUACUCCAAGUGGGUGGAAGCUGUGCCUUUGCAGUCAUGCCUUCCUGCACAUGUGGCAAAACACAUUGUGGACAUUAUCAGCCACUUUGGAUACCCACACAGAAUCCUCUCCAGACUGCCUCACGACAUAGUCCACAAAAUCAACAGAGAACUGAAAGAGCAACUGAAAGUCACCAUUGUUCUUGUGGUUCACCAUCAGCAGACUGGUGCUGCAGAUUUGACCACACAGCAGCUGAUUGACAGGAUGGUAAGUGAUCUCACUGAGGAGCAUGCGUCUGACUGGGACAUCUACCUGCCUGCCAAGGUUUUCAGUCUGUGUUUCGAAGAACAUUCAGAGACUAAGGAGAGGCCUUUUUCUGUGCUCUGCUGUAGCGAAGUAGAGCCCAUCCGUUCCCCCAGAGGGCUGAAUGCAAGUUAUUCCAAGAUCCAAGAGAGUGCUUUCAUUGUCAGAUAGAGGUUUAAGGUGUAUUUGGUCACUUGAGUUGGAAAUAAAACCUGACUCGGUUUCAUUAGCAAACCAGGGAAGAAGAAUAUAUUUUGGUCACGGAUACACUCUGACUUAGUCAAGGAUUGUCAUGGAAAAGUGCUGGAAUUCUAAUGUACUUUGUGGCCCUACAGUGGGAAUGCAGGAACACCUUAAAUUGACCACGACAGAUACUGGAGAUUCAUUUGUUCAUAUUCUAUUACAAUGAAUUGUCUUAAACAUGGUACUGGAGAGGAAUUUGAGGACACAUCAGCUGAAACCAUAGACCUCCCUGAUGCCAAAAAAUAUGAGUCAUAUGACAUUUUAUUUUGCACUGUUUUGAAUCUUGUGACUUAGCCUCAUGUUUCAAAUGCCAGUAAGCAGUACUUUUGAUGUGCAAGUCAAGAGUUAUUCCAGCCAGUCCAGGCAUUUGAGCUGGCUAAUUAAAGGAUGUCCUGUUUGAGUUGCUGUUGAAAUUGUCAAUGAAAUGUAACCUGUCAAUAAACUUGCUU